AUGGCAAUGAGAUCUAGCUCGUCGACAUUGACGCGUAAGACGCGAAGCGGCUGCCUUAGUUGCAAGUCUCGACGCGUAAAGUGCGACGAACAAAAGCCCUCAUGCUUGCGAUGUCUAUCAACUCACAGAAUUUGCGAGGGCUAUCACAACCCAAUUCAGCCCAACCUGACCUUCGACUCUUUACUUGACGAGGAGCGUCGAGCGUUUCUCUACUUUCGAAGCCAAACUGCGCACCGGAUCUUUGGUCACCAAGAUGCUAAUGACUGGAUGUCAACCCUAUUGCAAAUGGGCCACAGCGAAGUGCCGAUAAAGCACGCUUUGACAGCUAUCGCGUCAUUGCAUGAAAGUCAAGAGCCCCUUGGCGCGUCUGUGUCCGUCAGACGAUCCGAGAAACAUGCUCAGAUAACAGCACAAACCCUCGCCUUGAAACAUUACUCGGCAGCAAUAAAAGCCGUGCGAAGCGAGUCUCCUAAUAUGUCGUCGAGACCAGAGAUAAUCCUAGCGCUAUGCGUCCUUUUUAUUUGCUUUGAGCAAUUCCGAAGUGGUGAUGCCGCAUGUCUGCUUCACCUCAAGGCCGGCCUUAGGCUGAUAUACUGGUGGAGAUCUCGUACUAGCGCAUAUACUAAUCUGCAGGAAUACUCUCGCCCUACGCUGGAUUUCAUCAACAAUCACAUAACGCCGGCGUUGCAAAGGUUGCGCGUGCAGUUCUCGUUAUGUAUGGAUUCUCGUCACAAAUUGAUGAAUCUGGGGGUUCCACUCUGCUUACCACCACCUAAUGUCCCUUCAUCAUAUUCAUCGUUUAUAUCCGCUCGAAUUGACUUCGACAGAACUAUGAAUUACAUUUUGUCGUAUCUGGAAACGAGGCAGUCUUCCGACGGCGUGCUUCCGACGCAGUCCCCCAUGGCUGUUCUAUGUCGUUGGAAAACUUCGCUAGACGCUUCUACUUUCUCAGAAGAGCGUCCAGUGCUGCAGCGAUGUACUCGCAACUUGCUAGAGCUUUACUUUCAUGUCUCGGUCGUCAUCAUUGAAACUUAUCACGCCAAGACUGAAAGCAUAUUCGAUCAACACACCCCGCGCUUCGCAAUCAUUGUCGACCUUGCCGAAAAUAUUAGUAAUAUGUGCGUUGAAAAGUCGGAAAAUUUCAGCUUGUUGUUUAGUUUCGACUUGGGAAUUACCCCUCCCAUGUUUCUUGUCGCCUCCCGCUGUCGCCAACCCCUGAUCCGGAGAAAGGCUGUCGCGUUGAUGCUCCAGUCCCCAAUUUACCAUGGUGCAUGGCAGGAUCGCUAUUCUGGUCUCUGUGCCCAACGGAUCAUAGAAAUCGAGGAAGAGAAGAUCGAUGUUGUUAUGGACUCUAUCACGGUGCCUGAGGAACGGCGAAUACGAAAAGUCUCUGCCGACUUACAAGACGAACAAUCACACAUCAUCAUGCAGUUCAUGCGAUCGCCUUUCGAUGCCACCUCCCAAAUAUGCACCACUUCCGUCCCAUUGGCGUACUAG